AGACUACCUCACACUUUACGAUGGACCAGACACGACCGCACCUGUACUGGCAAAGCUCUGUGGUAACAUAUUUACCAAUACCCCAACAAUUUACUCGACGGGAUCUCGGCUCACGGCAGUUUUCACGUCUCAGGCACGGAGCCCUGGCUCCUUUGGAUUCACUGCUUCCUGGACAUCUGUUACUCCUUGCUCGGUGUGUGUUCCAGCGAGCCGAGGAACAUGCAGCAACACCGACUUAUGCAAUUGCUACAAUCGAUACUAUGGAGCAGUGUGCGAGAGAGUCUAACGCGAUAUUCUCUUAUAUACAUAGAUACCGCGGGAUCCAAGGAUUUUACACCGCGCUCUCAGCACGCAAUGGCCUACGAUUCAGCCAAGGAUGUGGUCUACAUCAUGGGAGGAACAAGUCUACAGAGCACGUAUAGCUGGGAUCUGCUUAAAUACACGUUUGCAACGAAUAAAUGGGACAAGAUCGCGCUCAAUACGAAAAGCCCAGAUCCGCGUUAUGGUCACUACGCGUUCAUGCACAACAGCGACCUUUACGUCUAUGGAGGCGUGUCCAACAUAGGUGGCCUCGCAGAUGUCUGGAAAUAUAACGGGACUGUCUGGACCCAACGACAGCCGACCAACCCAGAGAAACUACCCGCGGGACGCAUCGGAUCAGCAUGCGUAGUCGUAACGAAGAACAACUCGACAAAGCUGUAUGUGUUUGGGGGUCUAAAUUCCGCAGGAGUUACAACCCGCGACUUGAACGUAUAUGAUAUAAAUCUUGCAAUGUGGACAAAAUCGGACCAUCAAAACUCGAUUGGGCUGUCAGGAGCUACGGCUGUGUAUCAUCAGGCGACGGAUUCAAUAUAUUACUUUGGCGGGAUGGUCAACCAGACAACACGCAAUGUGCUGACAUAUCAGUACCGGAUCUCCCAAGAUUUGUGGUAUGCGCUUGCUCCAAGGAUCGAUCCUCUUACGGCGACACCUACCCCAUACUGGGAUGGAUCGAACCCAGAUUCUUCACCAACCUUUAACAUGACUGACGGAGAUCCGGAAGAUGACACUGGCACGGUCGACAUGCAAAACAGGACCUCACAGUAUCUGCCGCCAGUGAUGUAUGACUCAGUGACGGCUGUGUGGGCACCCGCUGGCCUUAUGGGUGACGAUUCUGUGGUGAUGUUUGGUGGCAUGCGGCCCUAUGGUCCUGGAUUGAGCGAGAAGGACCAAUUCUGCUUUUCAAGGUCCUUUGCUCUCUACGAUCUCUCAUGUCAGAAGUGGACCACAUAUGACGCGCCUGACCUUGAUGCAGCCAUCAAGGGCCGAGUCAACCACACGAUGAUUUUGCGGCCACCUGGAGCGCCAGGAGGGAGCAAGACAGCUUGGACAGCGUACAUCUUUGGCGGUUUCGAUGGUACAGAUCAUGCAGAUAUGCUGAAUGUCACCAUCGACGUUCCCACACAAACUUCUGCUGUCGUCAAUAGCUGCCGAGCCCUACGAUGGUGCAGCCAUUACGACGACUGCCAAAACUGUAACCCCAGCUUUUGCUCUUAUGUCAAUGGCCUCUGCAUGUUCGACACAGACAAGGCCAAAGGCUCUAACUAUCUCCUGGGCUCAUCCGCGGACGUUCCGAAGACUGGUACCAUACAGGAUUUGAUCCGCCAGAGGCCUGACCUCAAGUCGCAGGUUCUGACAGCGCCAGAUGGAUGCCCCACACGGAUAGCGCUCGAUCUCGAUAGCGCGUAUUCGGGCACCAUCCAGUCUGAACAGGAGAUGACCUUCAAAGUGUACAUGGACGCCCAUGAUCUGGAUAUCCGGUUCGAAAUCAGGACGCUUCCAAGUUCGUUGCUGGAUUUCAAAACCCUGAAUGUGUGGGAGGGGUUCAUGAACAUGUACUGGCGGGCGGACCACGGACUGACGGACGAUAGCUGGAACGGCUACUCAGGAGUGGCUUCUCCCAUCCCGCUCGAUGUCCCAAUGAUCUCUGACAACUCAACGGUGGGGGACAACCCGGUGAUAACGCCAGCCGGCACUCUGAACACCAGCGAGCUCAUGAACCGGUGGACGAGAUACACAGGGCUGGAUGCAAGUCCAUCAUCUUCUGCAAUACGGCUGACUGAUUCUUAUGUUGACUUUUGGGCAAACGACUCACGACGGUUCUCAGGAUACUACGUCUUUUCGUUGACGAACCGCAACCCGACGGCGCUCUCAUUAGCUGUCACCGUCAUGCUGGUGGAUCACCCUGCAUCGAUCGACAAGGAACCAAAAACGCAGUUCAACAUGACGACGCUUGGAUUUUUUAUGCUAGGCUUUAUUCUGGCUGUGAUCCUUUUAAUCUUCAUGGCGCGUAAGAUUCGUCAACUGAUUGACGAUCGAGACGCAUCCCAUCGCGCGGCGGAGAUGCAGCUGCUGGAAGACGAAGAGGAAGAGCGGAACCGGAACGGUGGAAGAUUUCAUGGGGGUAUGGCCAGGAUUCAAAUGGAUGGGAGGACGUUGAUCAAGAAGCCGAUUUACAGGAUCGUAGUAGCCGUGCAGCAUUCGAAGGAACAGGGCGCGGUGUUCUCAGAAUCGACUUUAAGAUAUCGAGUAGUCCCUGGUGAUAGUCCGAAUGCAAGGAAAGAAGAGGGUAUAAACAAACACAUACCUCAAUCGCGCUCAGAGUGGGUAGUGCCACAGGCUGUGGAUUCUGAGGAGGGUCUUGGACCAGAAAAAAGGCGAUUGCGAGUUCGAUCCGAUUAUAUUCGCGACAUUGGAUAUGCACCAUCACCACCGUCUGCUAAUGGAGAACUACUUAUCGAUGCAGACCAGUCGCUGUUACACGAAUCUGGGCGUAUGGGGGAUUUUUGCCACAUGUCAGUUUCAACACCAGACCUUGGACGGGAGCUAGUUUCUGAGGAUAUGCAGGACGCGAAAGCAGGGAUCGGAGAAAGUACCGUACUGAAAGAGAGCACGACAACUUCCGACAAGCAUCGAGGCAAAUUGGAGCAACAAAAGGACAUCAUCAAAGACAGUACAGCCCCGCAAUCUGCUGGCCAAGGCGAGACACUGGGGCGCGGAUGGUCGUUGAAGAGGCUAAGCAGGGCAGCUUCGUCCAGGUCUCAAAAGAAGCCGUCGAACAGCAACUCGGAGGAACGUGCAGGCCUUACGAGUCAGGAACUGAAGGAAGAUGACGAGCAAGGCAGCCGGGCCAGCAGCGGCUCUUAUGACAGUGGGCGAGAGAUGGUGGAUUUCAGUGUUUUGUCCGCGCCCACUGAUGUAUUGCAACUUCGACAAGAGCAGCUGGAGAGGCAUCAACGGGAGCAGGAGAAAGCAAGAGUGAUGGCUGCACAACACAGACGACGGCGGAAUCCUCUCAAGAUCCAGCCGCUCUCUAUUGAACCGUUGCCCUUCCAUGCAGGACUCGUUCCACGGACUAUGUCGAACCUGAGGCGAUAUCAGAAACACCUCGCAAGACAACAGCAGAGGCAACAACAGAAGGAACAACAGCAGGGGCAAAGGCAGGGCUCUGGCGGAUCGUUCUACAGCUCGACGGCAGCCACUUCAGGCACAGGAACGCAAGGAAGGGGUCACAGGCCAAUAGCAAAUCGCAGUCAGAGUAACAGCAACACGAUGCGGUCAACAACAAGCAUGAAUCGCCCACCUUUUAGAAACCAUCCUACCACAUCGUCCUUGUCCGCCGUACAACGGGCGCGGCCAAGACAGAUCCGAGCUACACAGUCGCAGGGAUCUUUGAGGGAGGUACGCAGGGUUGCGUCCCGAAUGACGUUGAAGACGAAUGCGGAGGCCCUGCUCAAUGAUCCUGAGGUGAGGAGAUCCAGAUCGUAUGCGGAAAGGUCGCUCGCGCAGGAGGAGCUGAAGCAAACGGGCGGAUCUUUUCCAGGGGCUGAAAUCGAGCUCCGAGAUCUCUCUACUUUGAGGGCAAUUGAGCAUCACGAAGCGAAUGCCUCUCUGGGAAUAUCAGCUGAUCAAGCACGAGAAGAGAAAGCGCCUCAACGGACGGCGACAGCGAUCUCCAAACGCAAAGCGAUCAAGAUGAGAGGCCGACAAGAAUACGAGCCCGGUCCACUACUGGGGAUGAAUUACUUAAUUGUGUUCCCAGGCGACGCAGAGACGAGAAAGGUCCGAGAACAAGGGGACUUGUGGCGAUCCAAAUCAACAGGCGUCCAGGGACAGGAUACGGGAACUGACGCUGGAGCGGAGGAGAACGAAGAUAUCCUGUACGACACGGAAUUGAGGCUGCCGCCCAUGGCAAUCGGGACGGUGUUUGUACCGGAUCCGGUACGCUGGUGGACAUACAAGGCCAAGCAGGUACUAGAGCGGCGCAAGUUCGAGAGACAAAUGGAUCGGCAGGAUCGACUCAAGGCGAAGCAUCAACAGCAGCAGAAUAAGUACUUGCAGCUACCACAAGCAGCAAAGACGCGGCGGUGAACGCAAGCGCGAGCGGAUAUUGAGUGCUCUCUCUUUACACAGCGCAGAACAACACAUCAUCUGCAGAAGAAAAUAAUCAUUCCUCAUGAUAUAUCUUGUAUAUUACAACAAACGCUUUUCGACCAUCAUUACCAUAGUUCUUUUCAGUUCAAA